CGCGCAGCGCCUCCUCCGACAAAGCUACAGAAACACAUCGUGCCAGUAGGGGGCGGAGAGAGGAGGCUCAGUCAUUUCCAGUAAGAGGGAAAUUAAGCGCUACGCACAACCUCCACGGAGACGCCGUAGUUCGCAGAUGACGUUCGGAGACAUGCUGCCGACGUCGCUCAUCUUCAGCAUGGUCACCGCGCUGCUGCUGCGUAGAGCUCUCGUAUGCGCCGCGGAUGCGCUCGGCGCAAAGCCCGCGAUCUGUGGCGCAUCGCCCGCGUUCUGUGGCGCAUCGCCGGGCCAGGGAUGCGGCAUCAAGACCUCGCCCGUAGUGUUGGAGGAGCCGCCGUCCGCAGACUGCGUGGUGUCGUACGAGCAGCUGAAGGCCAUGCUCUCCAGCCGCAGUGUCCAGCUGUUUGACGUGCGAAACCCAGACGAGUUCCAGGCAGGACACAUCUCAGGGGCCACAAACGUCCCCCUGGGGGAUCUGGUUGAUGCUCUGAAGAUGGCCCCUGCCCAAUUCAAGCAGCAGUUCAGGGUGGAGGCCCCCAGCAAGCAGGAUGAAAACAUCGUGUUUCACUGCCAGAGGGGGCGCCGCAGCGCCACAGCCCUGGAGAUUGCACACGGGCUGGGCUUCACCAGGGCACGGCAUUACGCAGGGGGGUAUGCUGAGUGGGCGGAGCGUGAAGGUGGCCCCUCCCAGUGAGCCCCUAAAAAGGGCGGAUCAGAGCCGAUGGCGCCUGAGGUUGAGGGGCAGGUGAAGCGAUGCAGCAGGUGCAGCUCACUGCAGUAGCUUUGGCUUUUCCCGCCGCAUUUUAGCGCAUUUUUAGGUUAGGGUUUGACUGUGGUUGGGUGUUAGGGUUAGGGUUGUAUCUCACAGUUACAUUUAGCAGGACAGGACAUGCACCAUGAUUAAGCCUGUUUGACCUCUGUUUGAACCAGCUUUUGCAUUGGAAUUCAGUGUGUUUCAGGUGCCCCCUGCUGCUGUAAUUGGGUAUCACCGUGGCAUUCUCCCUGUGCUGGCUCUGUUGCUAAGAUGUGUGUGCAGGAGCUCCUGGUGCAGAGAGGUCAAUCCCCAAUCCGGCACACACAGCAUAUCACACGGGAGGGUUACCCCAAAUCUGCCAAAACCUGAGAAAAACCAGCACACACAGCAUAUCACACAGGAGGUUUACAAACGACUUUAUGUCAGGGAUUUUAGAGAAGAUUAAUUCCUGGACAUUUUUCUGUAAAUUGCGCUGCCUCAGUAAAUUUACAUUUAUUCAUCUGGCAGACACUUUUAUCCA